GGCAGUGUUAGCUGUGCUCCCUUCCUCAGUCACCGCUGCAACACAAACUCCACCUCCGUGAUCCGGUGGCUGGCCGAGGCUUACUAGGUGCUCCGUGUAUCUCUCUCCACUCUCUGUUUUCUGUGUCUAGUAACAGUAAUAGCCGAAAAAAAAAAAAAAGGAUGUUUACCUUGUCAGAGAUCCUUGCCCUGCUAGCCCUUUUCUCCAGCACGGCCUCCGGUUACUUUGUUAGCAUAGACGCGCACGCCGAUGAGUGCUUCUUUGAGCGGGUCAACUCUGGUACCAAGAUGGGCCUCAUGUUCGAGGUAGCGGAAGGAGGCUUCUUGGACAUCGAUGUGGAGAUUACAGGGCCUGACGGUAAACAGAUUUAUAAAGGAGACCGAGAAUCCAGCGGGAAGUACUCGGUUGCCGCCCACAUGGACGGGACGUACAAAUUCUGCUUCAGCAACAAAAUGUCAACCAUGACACCCAAGAUUGUGAUGUUCACUAUUGACAUUGGAGAGGCUCCAAAAGGGCAGGACAUGGAGACGGAAGGCGGUGGCGAUACCUGGGAUGCUCACCAGAACAAGCUGGAAGAGAUGAUCAAUGAGCUGGCCGUGGCAAUGACAGCAGUGAAGCAUGAGCAGGAGUACAUGGAGGUCCGAGAGAGGAUACACAGAGCAAUUAACGACAACACAAACAGCAGAGUUGUUCUUUGGUCAUUCUUUGAAGCUCUGGUACUUGUAGCUAUGACCCUUGGACAGAUUUAUUACCUGAAGAGGUUUUUCGAAGUGCGAAGAGUUGUGUAAAAAAAAAAAAAAAAAAAAAAAAAAAACAAACAAACAGAAAAAAGUUUCUAACACAUUUCACAAUUUACCAAAAUCUUUAGUCACGACAACAAUUACUUCAGGUUUGACAUCCAAGUUUAUUAGACUUUCAAAAGCCUUUACAUAACUUGUUUGUGUUGUUUAUUUAAUUCCCUUUGGUUUUAACUUUUUGUUUUUAUGUUCUUCUUUAGCAGAAGUUAGUGUCACUUGCAACUUCUCUUAUUACAGAUUAAAACUGCAUCUUUAAAUUCAAGCCAAGGUUAUCUUAAUGUUUCAACUCUUCAUUGUAUAAUACAGCAGUAUAUAUUUGGGGAUUGUUUUUUUUCUGUAUAACAGACACCAAGCCUUGCAGUUUUGAAGUGGCUGUGCCCAUUAUCAGGUUUUAAUCUGGAAAGGUUUUAAUUUGAAUCAUUUGCAUCAUUCACGAUUGGUAAGUCUUUAGCUACAAAACUUUAGCUAAAAAACCUAUUGUAUCUACACAGUGCAGGCAGAAAGGUCAUUCACGUUGGAAAAAAGAUUUGAGUGCCAUCUUUAGUUUUUCAACCUACCUUUCCUAAAACUAAAGGAUUUUUUUUUUUUUUUUACAUGGCAAAACCAAAUUGGUUCAGUUGCCUGACUGUAGUGGUCACUACGAAGGUUACAACUUCACAUCUUAUUGCAAAUGGG